AUGUCUGGCCUCAAACUUCUGAGCAAGGCCGAGGAAACCAUUGUCGAAAGACAUCUGCCUAGAGAUAUCGCAAAAGGUGUCGCACGACUCCUUGUCGCCAACCCAGACCCCACGAAAUGGCAAUAUACUGGACUGCAAGGCGUAAUAGCCCUAUGUGAGGAUACGGUUGGACAUUGCUUUUGGCUAAAAAUGGUCGAUGUCUCGCCCGGUGGAAGUGGUACUGUGAUCUGGGACCUCGAGCUCGAACAAAACUUUGAUUAUGUCAAGGAGAGAGAAUUCUUCCAUUCAUUCGUUUUCGACGGUGCUCUGUUUGGACUCCUGUUCGCUGAUUUGAAAGAGGCCAAGGAGUUUAUUGCCGCGAUCGAAAAGCGUGAGAAGAUCGCCAGCAAGGAGACGAAAAAGAACCCAUACAAGACCUACGAAAAUGGUGCCCUUCUUAUGGAUCCUAACUCUACCAACGAGAAGAAAACCAAAUCUCGGUUUGGAAGCUUGUUGCAUCGUUCAUCUCAUAACUCCAAUCCUACUCCGCAGUCAAUAAUACCUGUCGCGCCACUACCAACGCAACUACCAAGCCAACCCGCGGCGCAACCACCGGCGCAACCACCGGCGCAACCCCCAGCGCAACCACCGAUGCAACCACCCAGCUCGGCUCCACAGGGGGGCUUGUUAUUCGACCCCAAAGAUCCACAAUGGAAAUGGCUGGUUGAUGAGCUCUUCACUAUGGGCAUUUCGGGGGAUCAGAUUGUUGAGAAUGCUGACUUUAUCAAUGAUUAUAUUAAGCAACAAGGAUUCUUGCCAGCAGCUCAAACAACUGCCGCCGCCGAGGAGCAACAGAAGCCAAGGGCAGCUCCCCCGCCUCCUCCGGGUCCUCCAGCUCCCAAGAUCGUUCCAAUCAGUCCCCAGGACACUGGAAGCAGUUCAGGCAGUCGACGUGGUCCUCCCCCACCACCACCAGCUCGGAAGAGUCGAACCGAUGCUGCGGAAGAGUCAAUCCCAACGCCGCCUCGAGAGCCAUCGCCUCCAGCUCCGCCAGUUCGCAGGUUUAACGCGCCGCCUCCCUUCGCGGAUGCAGGCAAGUUUGCUGUCCAGGAGGGCCCUUCAGAACGCAGACGACCACGGGCCGUUUCGAAUGCUGCAGCUCCCAAUGUCCCUCCACCGCCGCCGCGGCCUCCGAAGGCUCCGAUGGACGAUAGCCAGCCUCGGUUUGGAGUUCCUCCCCCAUUCGCCGGGGAUCGCAAGGUCUCUGCACCACCGGCACCUCCAAUUCGUAGUCCUGUUCCUGGUCCACCCCCACCUCCCCCUCGUGGAGACAAUGCGCCCCAGCUUCCCCCCAAAAUCCCAAACACAAUGGCUCCAGGGCUCCCUCCCCCUCCGCCUCCCAGAGGACCAACCUCUCCACCUCUACCACCAGCUCGGACAGCUCCUCCAUCGAUUACUCCUGCAUUACCCCCACCGCCGCCACCCCGGGGCCCAUCUUCACCUCCGCCGAUACACCAUGCUCCCCCACCACCACCUCAGGUUCCAGGCCGCGCUGUGCCACCACCACCCGGUCCAGCUGGUGGGCCUCCACCCCCUCCGGUGCGCAGUACCCCUCCAGUGCCACCUCCCCCUCCCCCAGUACCUACCUCUGGUGGAUCCGGAGCACCUCCUCCGCCUCCUCCACCCCCGGGAUUACCCUCUCGUGGGCCUGGAGUCCCCCCACCCCCUCCGCCCCCAGGAGGUGGAGCCUCAAUCCCACCUCCGCCUCCUCCACCUGGCCCAGGGGGACCCCCGCCACCGCCAGCUCCGCCAUUGCCCUCGACUGGUGGAGGUGGUCGAGACGAUCUUUUGGCAGCUAUUCGUGCAUCUGGUGGCCAGGGUGGAGGCGGGUUGCGGAAAGUUAAUGCCUCGGAGAAGAAAGACCGAAGUGCAGCCAUGGUUCCUGGAGGUGCUGCGGAGUCAUCUGCAGCAGCAACUAGUUCUGCUCCACAGGGUGGCUUGGCUGGUGCCUUGCAGGAUGCUUUGAAGAAGCGGAAGCAGAAAGUCAGCGGAAGUGAUGACGAGAAGGAAGACGACGACGAUUGGUAGAUUAUUGUCAUUUUUGCAUCGGAUCGCUUUCAUCCAUGAUACCUAUACCUUUGCCUAAGCAUUUUUGCGGACAUUAAGCAUUAUUUCCCUCUGAUUGAUCUUGCGGCGGUUGGUAAAAAGUUCGGAUUCGAGCG